AUGGCGACCGGUGAGAGGCGAUCAAAUCUCAGGUUGCUCAGGACGUCAUUGAUUCUGGAUCAAGGCGACACGCGCACGACUCGCCGUGGAGACUGUCUCAGACUGUGUACUUACAACGCGAGAACAGUUUCCACAGACGCUGGCCUGCAUGCCCUUCUCGGAGCUGCAGAGCGCAUCAAAUUUCACGUGAUUGCUCUGCAGGAGACCAAGUGCAGAAGGAGCGACGUACGACAGAUGAAUGACGGUACACUCGUCAUUCGUGGAGAGAAGUUUCCGUCGCGAAAUGUAGGCGGUGUUGGUUUUGUUGUGCACCCAUCUGUCGUCCAUCUCGUCGAUUCUCACGAGAUCCUGUCACCUCGUCUGGCCAUUCUUCGGCUCCGCCCUCUGCGCCAAAAAUCCAUCAGUAUCAUCAACUGCUAUUCACCAACAUCAGCAGCUGAUGAAUCCGAAUUGGACGCGUUUUACGAGGAGCUGGAGGAAGUAGUCCGCAACGAGAAGUCCUUCUACAAAUUCGUUAUCGGAGACUUCAACGUAAAACUAGGAAAGGCCACAGAAGAGGAAUAUAGGAUUGGAAAAUUUGGACUAGGGAACCGGAAUGAAAAUGGCAAUCGUCUCGCCGGGCUGUUGUCUGCCGCUCGCCCCUUUCAUGGGAACUCUCUUUUCAUGGAAAAAGAUCAUCGUCGGUGGACGUGGGAAUCGCCCAAUGGCACGACUUGUGCGGAGAUCGACCACAUACUCACCAACCGGAGGUGGUGUCUACUUGACGUGUCAGUAGUACCAUCCUUUUGUAGUGGUUCUGAUCACCGUCUCCUUCGUGCGAAAAUACGACUUAGCCACACGAUGGAAAAGAACAUCUGCUAUCGGCAACGAAGGAGAAAAGAAGUCGUCUACGACGAUUGCAUACUCGAGAACUCCUUGUCCCAAGGUGACUGGCACAUCGAGGAAGACCCAAACGUGGACUACGAGAUGCUGCUCAGAGGAUUACGAGCCUGA